CCGCGCGGUCAGAGGUAAAUCUUCCCCAUCGCUCUCACCUGCUCAGGUCGCGGGGCCGCGAGAUCGCGGGAAGGACUCCGGGCAGAGUCCGGAGCGGGGCGGAGAUGGAGUCAGUGGUCUUUGAGGAUGUGGCUGUGGACUUCACCCCAGAGGAGUGGGCUUUGUUGGAUCCGGCUCAGAGGAAUCUCUACAGAGAUGUGAUGCUGGAGACCUUCAGGAACCUGGCCUCAGUGGGAGAAAACUGGAAAUGCCAUAGCAUUGAAGAUGAGCACAAGAACCAGGGAACAUAUCUGAGAUGGUGUGUGGUGGAGAUACCCUCAGAAAAUAAUGAAAGUAGUCAAUGUGGAGAAACCAACCAGAUUUCCAAUCUUAUUGUACAUAAGAGACUUUCUACUGGAGUAAAAUCCUAUGGAUACACUAAGUUUGAAAAACCCAUCAUGGAUUCUUCAUCCCUCAAGAGUUCCAUAGCAUCAUCUCAACAUGGACAAAAACCCUACCAAUGUAAGGAAUGUGGGAGAACUUUUAUUUCUUACUCAUCCUUUGGGGCACACAUAAGAGCUCACACUGAAGAGAAACCCUAUGUAUGUAAAGAAUGUGGAAAAGCCUUUAUAUAUUUCUCCAAACUUAGAGUCCAUAUAAGAACUCACACUGGAGAGAAGCCUUAUGAAUGUGAAAAAUGUGGGAAAACCUUCAGAUCUCCCUCAAACCUUUGGACACAUAAAGAAACUCAUACUGUUGAGAAACCCUAUGCUUGUAAAGAAUGUGAGAAAUCCUUCUCUUCUCCCUCUUCUCUUAGAAAACAUGUGAAGGUUCACAGUGCAGAAAAAGCCUAUGAAUGUAAGGAAUGUGGAAAAGCCUUCCUUCAUUCUUUUUACCUGAUCAUACAUGCAAGGAUGCACACUGGAGAGAAAGCCUAUAGAUGUGUGGAAUGUGGGAAAGCCUACAGCUGGCCCUCAGACCUUAGGAUUCACAUGAGGACACACUCUGGAGAAAAGCCUUAUGAAUGUAAACAGUGUGGAAAAUCUUUCAGUUCUCCUUCAUCCUUUAAGGGACAUUUGCGAACUCACACUGGAGAGAAACCUUACGCAUGUAACAAAUGUGGGAAAGCCUUCAGUAGUGCUUCAUACUUUAGAACACAUGUGCGAAUUCACACUGGAGAGAAACCCUAUGUGUGUAAGCAAUGUGGGAAAGCUUUCAGUUGGUCAUCAUCUUUUCGAGGACAUUUGAGAACUCACAGUAGAGAGAAACCGUAUGAAUGUAAGGAAUGUGGUAAAGCCUUCAGUAGGCUUUCAUCCUUACAAAGACAUUUGAGAAUUCACACUGGGGAGAACUCUGAAUGUCAGCAGUGUGGAAAAGCCUUCUAUACUCCCCUAUCCUUAAAAAAAACAUGUGGAAACUCACUCAGGAAGGAAACUCCAUGCCAGUUCCAAUGA